UCUGCCCCAUUUAUUCUCCCAGAAAGAGAAGUCAACAGUCGGAAGUAGUCGCCUGCGAAGCUCUAGAAGUCAGCCUUAGCCGGAAUCUAAUUACUACUGUUUUUCUCGGAGCUCCGAGGGGGGAGAAAAUGGAGGCCUGAAAAGGUAUAACCUUGGAGGCACACUACAAUGUGGAAGCUGACCAUUUUUCUAACCUUAGUGUGGGCUCUCAGCCUUCUCUAUGGCGAGAUGUUUGCUUUCUGGAUUCCCUCUCUGUGGACGUGCUCUUGGCCUCCUCCUCCUUCAUCUAUGGACAAAGUAGAUAAUCCUGGUGAUUAUGUAAAAAUUGCAGUCCUUACCGAUCCUCAGCUUAUGGAUAAAACCUCCCUCAAUCUUGCUCCAAAAUCCCUGGCUCUAGAGAUGGCUCAAUUCUACACAGAUUUGUUUAUGCGCAGGGCAUUCCUAUCAUCUGUUUUACCCUUCAGACCAGACAUCAUUUUGUUCCUGGGUGAUUAUUUUGAUGGUGGACCUUUCCUGUCUGAUGAAGAAUGGCAGGAAUCCUGGAGCCGAUUCAAGCAUAUUUUUAACCUGGAUAUGGUUCAGCAAACUAAAAAUAUAAAACUGUUCUACCUCUCAGGAAACCAUGAUAUUGGCUACUCAGCUUUCCACCCCCAAAUGCCAGAGGUUAUCAGCCGUUAUGAGAAAGUAUUUGGUGUGAGGAACUACCACUUUAAAGUUGGAAAAGUGAACUUUAUUGCUGUUGAUGCACAAACAUUGGACGGGCAUCCCCAAGGAAACGAGAGUGCUGCCACAUGGAAAUUUAUUGAAGAUGUCUCCAAGAAUAUUACUUCAAGUCCCAGUGUUCUAUUGACUCAUAUCCCACUGUAUAGACCAGAUGAUACUUCAUGUGGUCCUCAUCGUUCAUCAUCAAUUAUUAAUCAGAGGAUUAACCGUGCUGAGCAUGAUGAAGAGAUAGUGUACCAAAACUAUGUAACUGAAGAACAGACAAAUUACUUACUGGAGUUGAUCAAACCUGCAUUGAUCCUUUCUGGGCAUGAUCAUGAUCAAUGUACAGUGGUUCACACAACGAAGUAUGGUGCUGUAAAAGAGCAUACUCUAGGGACCAUAAGCUGGCAGCAGGGAAAUUUGUUUCCCUCUUUUAUGUUGUUAUCUGUUAGUAACCUUACCUCGUCAGAUGGAUCUAAACCAGCAGAUGCAAUCUCCACUACACUCUGCUUUCUUCCUGUUCAAACGUUCAUUUAUAUAUGGUAUCUUCUGCUGUUGAUCAUGACUGUUCUUAUUGUCCUCUUCUGGCCAACAUAUGGGUUGCCUUUCUUGCACCACCUUAGUGAAUACACGAGAAGUCUAAUUAGUUUGAGCAUGUUUGGGGGUGGGGUUAAGGAGAAAAAUGAUGAUGAAAUAUGUGAGUAUGAGGAGGUUUGGGAUGCUGAAGGGACAAUGCACCUCAUAAGGAAAACCUCUAAGGCUCGUCCUACAUACUCUAGUGAGUCUUCCUCGGAAAGAGGUAAUGCUGUCAUGCGUUCAGCUGCCAGAAAACAAAAUGUAGAGAUAGAUAUCACAAUGCCUGCAGAUGCGGUGAAAUUACCAUCUCGGGCAAACAAAUCAAAGAUGAAGUUGGUGAUCAGGCAACUAUUGAGGGUAUUUCGUACAAUCUUUAUAAUUGCUGCCUUUAAUGUCCCGCUAUACAUGAUGCUGCUGUUCAAAGACUGGAUCGACAAAUGACACACGAGAAAGAUGGUGCAGUUAAUAUCAGGUGAGGCAAGUUUGAGCAUAGCUUUGGUGAAUGUCACCUGUUAAUGUUGUAAUAGUCAUGACUGGUAAUUGUUUGUGACAGUCCAACCAAAAAUGAAAGUGAAAGGUGUAAGAGGGGAAACAAAGAAUCUUUAUUGAGGAAGACAUCAUUAUUGAGUGAAACUGAUGCGGUAUAUUUGGCUACAACUGACACACCAGAUUGGGUUUUCCGAUUAAAUGAUAA